GUCCCACGGCGGCGCUGAAUGAUGUCAUGGGAUCUGCAGCUCAGGGAGAUGAAAGGGGUAAGGCAGAGCCCGCUGGCACUGGGAAACGCUUCCAACACACAAUCCACCACGCAGCUUGGGAACCGAAAGGCUACGGAUCGGGCCACUCAGCUCGGGCACUGGCGAACCACCCGCAGGGCCUCGCUGCAGGGCAGAGGCGGAGGACGGCGUGACCCCGGGUUAACAAAAGACCGUGCGGGCUGGGAGGCCGGAGGGCCCUUACCUGCCCAGGGCGAACUCCCCGGAUAGCCAGCGUAUGCAUGAACUCAGCUCGGUCUUUGAUGUUCAGCAACUGAUCACUGAUCAGAUUACAGGCAUUUCAUCUCUCAGCUCGUUUGCCUUUGAUCUGCAUGGUUAAUUUCAUUUUCCUGGAUGUGAAGUUUCGUCCGGGCUUGUGCUGACACACAUUUUUUGGGGGGACGGCGUAGACGCUCUGCCAAGGAGAGACUGAGUUGCUGGAAGGGUGAGUGCACGUUGCAGAGCUCUUCAAUAAUAAAUACAUUUGAUAAGAAGGAUGGCUUUAAAAAUACUACCAGAGCAAGAGAAAACAUUUUUCACCAUUGUAGUUUUAUUAGGCUGUCUGCUAUGUACAGCGAUCUGUGAAACAGGAGACUGUAGACAACAAGAAUUCAGGGAUCGGUCUGGAAACUGUGUCCUCUGCAAGCCGUGUGGGCCUGGCAUGGAGUUAUCUAAGGAAUGUGGCUUCGGCUACGGGGAGGAUGCACACUGUGUGACAUGCCGGCCGCACAGGUUCAAGGAGGACUGGGGCUUCCAGAAAUGCAAGCCGUGUCUGGACUGUGCGCUUGCAAACCGCUUUCAGAAGGCAAAUUGCUCCGUCACCAGUGACGCCGUGUGUGGGGACUGCUUGCCGGGGUUUUAUAGGAAGACGAAGCUGGUUGGAUUUCAGGACAUGGAGUGCGUGCCUUGUGGGGACCCCCCGCCUCCUUAUGAACCACACUGUACCAGCAAGGUCAACCUGGUGAAGAUCGCAUCCACGGCCUCCAGUCCUCGGGACACGGCCCUGGCUGCGGUCAUCUGCAGCGCCCUGGCCACCGUGCUCCUGGCACUCCUCAUCCUCUGUGUCAUCUAUUGCAAGAGACAGUUCAUGGAGAAAAAACCCAGCUGGUCUCUGAGGUCCCAAGACGUGCAGUACAACGGCUCUGAGCUGUCCUGUUUUGACAGACCUCGGCUCAGCCCGUGUGCUCACAGAGCCUGCUGUCAGUGCCACCGGGGCUCCGCCCAGCCUUACGGGCCUCUUCACCUGAUCCCGUCCCUGUGCUGCGACGAGGCUUGCGGUGCCAACCGGGCAGCUCUAGCUUGUGGGGCGCAUUCUGCAGCCACCCUACAGGAGAGGAGCGCAGGGGCAGCUGGGGAUACCAUGGCAGCCUUCUUCGGGUCCCCUUCGCGGUCCGUCUGUGGCGAGUUCUCGGACGCCUGGCCUCUGAUGCAGGAUGCCACUGGUGGUGACAGCAUCUCCUUCUGUGACUCUUACUCUGAACUCGCUGGAGAGGAUCUUCAUUCCCUCAAUCCAGAAAACGAAAGCGCAACAUCUUUGGAUCCAGACAGUGGUCAGGAUUUGGUGGGCGGAGCAGCUCCCACUGAAAGUCAUUCUGAAAACUCUACAGAAAACACGGACUCCCCCAAAUACAGGAGCGCGCGGGCAGAGCCAGCAGCAGCUCAGGAUGCACUGUGUGCUGGAAGCCAGCUGGAGCAAGAGAGCAGCCGCACUGGGAAUGCAACCACUGCCCCGGCCCUCCAGGAAGCUUAAAGGCCGCACCUGUCUGCGGUGGAGGCGUGUGUCUGCAACCCAAUGGGCACUCCACGUGGGCUUUCAGACUGCUCAGACUGGACCAUGCAGAGCUUCUGGUGACGAGAUAAAUCUGAACCAAUCGGAUGGCAUUUGAAGCCUUUCAACCAGUUGCUUCUGAACCAGACCAGCUACAGCUGAAAAACCACAACAAAACAGCCAGGCUCGAGGCUAACUGUGACUCGUGACUCUCUGUGUCUUUCCUGACUGAGAAGCGUCUCUGCUCCUGGGCGACUUCAAAGACAGAUGAGCUCUGUUGCACCUGCAAGAAAAUGGACGCAUCCCUGCUUGGUUGAUGGUGACUGUGGCUUUCCGAGACUGAAGACCCACAGUGUACAUUUGCAUUGACAUUUUCUCUCUGGAAAUAAUGUCAUUAUAGUCUGUUGUCCUACUAAGCAGUCCAUGUCCAAUUCAUUACCUUAGCUUGUGUGUAGAAUAGGUUCAAAGUGAGUUUCUACUUGACAAGAUCACGUUUUCAUCAGCUCAACAGAUAAGCUCAGGUUGGAACUGACUUCCCACUGCCUGCCUGAAUCUUGGGCGUAGCAGGUGAAGGUAAUUGGUCUAAGUAGGAAUCAGAAGAAAGGUUUUUUUUUUUUUUCCAGAAUCUCUGCUUCUAACCUCAGCCCCUGCUGAAGUUACAAAUACCUGCUGGUGCUGGGGAGCCAGAGGGGGCCUGGGGUAAUGCGUGUGACCCGGAAAGGGGGACCCAUUUCCCUGAGUUGAAAACCACUCCACACACAUAUCUUGGAGACUUCCAUGCAAAGGUUAGCGUACCCGUGUGAAAAUCAGGUGAUAGGGAAGCGCUUGCUGUCUCCAUUCCUGUGCCUGAGCUUAGAAGACCCAGACUUUCUGCUGUAGAAAAGCGGUGUCUAUAAACAUAAUGAUCUUUUUACCUGUGCCGGAUCUCACACUAAGCGCUCUGCACAUGACAGCGUCUCAGGUUGCCCUGCUACUGAAGGAGCCUUCAGUGAGAAUGCACCUUCCUUUAGACCCAGAAGGAAAAGCACAGUGUGUAGGUGGGCAGUCGUUAGAGCAGGACACUGGAGUGUCCCCCCAGUCCUGCUAGAUCGUCAGCACACAGACUCCUAUUGCAGUCGAUGACUUGGCGAUCAAAGCACAGUUCCUCCACCAAGGUGCUCCGUCUUCUACCACCUCGGGGUGUGCGCACUGGAAUGUCUCAAGGGCUAAGAAAGUAAUCCGUCCUGAAGCAGGGAACGCCUGAUUUGCCUUUGCCCUUGAUCUUUAGGACUUAGCUGAGCAGGGGUUUUUUAUUUUGUUUUGUGUGUGUGGUUUUUUUUGUUUGUUUGUUUUGUGUGUGUGAGCUCGGUCGCUUUCACAGCUAACAAUGGAUUUGGGCGUUUGAACGUCAGUGUGGCAGAGUGCACUAACGUGCUUGUUUGGGAAUUGUCCUGUCCAUGUCAGCAGCCUUUACCCACAUGUUAACAGGACGUAAAAUCAGUCCCCCCCUGCACCCCCCGGGAGAGUUUCAGCUUUUCACUUCCUACCCCGUGGCUCACUGUGCUAGACCUUGGUGAACCGUCAUGAGCGGCCUUCCUGUGGCCCUGUCUCUGUGCAUAGGUUCAGGCUCUGAUGUGUGUGUAGUAGCCUGUCCGUGUCUGCUGCUGCUCAUGACCUCAGUUCCUUCCCCUGAAACACGGAACGACGGCGUCUCCUGGUAACUCGCAGGUGUAAUGUUCCUAGUGCCCAUCAUAAUUGGUUGACUUUUUUUUCUUUUCCUUGUUAAACUUCAACCAGUGGUUCUUCAACUUUGCUACUCAUCAACUCUUAUGAGAAUUGCCUUUAGGAAACGCAUGUUAAGUAUUUUGGAUUUGGCCACAAGAAGUCUCUGAAAACGCAGUCUCCUGGGUGACUUCCCUGGGACUCACGCAUGUGCAGCAUUGUUUGAUGGUUUGUUAUGCCGCAGGGAUGAUCAAAGCAGCUCAGGGCUGUCUUCCGUUGUGUAACCUGAAUAUAGUUUCCAUAUGUAAAGCCCUGAUUACCUUCACAGCCAAACGCUUGCUGGAGAAAACUCUGGCCCCAAACCCUGAAACACCACGUUUGAUCCGCAGAGAAAUGCAUGGGGUUGAAAUGAUUGCGUCUGAUGCUGCAUAGGGAAAAUCCUGGGUUAUUUUUAUCAAGUUGAAGGCUUUUUUGUAACCACUACCUACUCUAGAAACAGACAAUAAUGGCAUACUUUACACUCCUUAUCCACACUUGAAAAAAACUCAGCUUGCAUUUCAGGUUGCUGGAGUACCCUACCGCACUCAGUACGAGUGCUGGCAUCGGGAAUCUGUAUCAGAUAAACACCUGGCUCAGUGGGCACCACCCUGGUGGUUUCUCAGCUUGCAGAGGCUCCUUAAUGAGAUGAGAUGAGGAAUUCAGCAACCAACUCACAAGUUCUCUCAUUUUGCAUAGACGGAAUAUAUUUUUAAAUGUAGAUUUCUACUUUAGAUAAAGUAUUACUGUUGCUAUGACCUAGAUUAAGCACUGUCGUUUGUGCAUUUAAAAAAAAAAGAGAAAGAAAAUGGAAGGAAAAAAAAUCCAUCAUUGCUUUAAGGUAGUUUAAAUCACAGAUUUCAUCAUCACUGUUUUUCAUACUGGAAUUUAUAAAUUUGUAAAUUAUCAUUUUCCUAUACAAACAGUUUUGUAAUAUCUUUUUUAUUUUUGAAUAAAAUUGUUCUGUGGUAUUCCUA